UGAACCCAUCUCCUCCCCUUAUAUAACACCGCCCUCCUCCUCCUCCCUCUCUAUAACCCUGUAUGGGAGGUAGCAGAGCUCAUUGUGGUGCUGGGUGCUAUGUAGAGAGGAUGUAUGGGUGCACGCUGCUGGGACUGCUCCUCUUUGUAGGGACUCCUCUCUACUCAAGUGAGUGUCCCUGCUCAGACCCAGCUCUAUGCCAGCCAAUCAAAGACAGCCGGGACUUCGAGGUCUAUGUAUUUCAUGUCCGAGGGAAAGACUGGAAGAACUAUGACUGGGCCCACGUCACCACAGUCGCCAUCUUUGCACCAUAUGAGCCAGAGCUCAUGUGCUUUGCUCACUCCAAAGGGGCAAGAUAUGUUCUGAAGGGAGACGUUCCCUUAAAGGAUAUUGUGGAUUCAGGCAAUCGAACUGCCUGGAUAGCAGAGAAAGUGAGGCUGGCAAAGGCUCAAUAUAUGGAUGGAAUAAACUUGGAUAUAGAACAGGCAGUGCUCCCACAAACCCCCGAAUACUAUGCUUUAACUGCACUGGUGAAGGAAACCACAGAAGCUUUCCAUAGAGAAAUCCCGGGGUCACAGGUGACCUUUGAUGUUGCAUGGGCUCCUCCCUGCGUUGCCCACCGCUGCUAUAACUAUACGGGCAUAGCGGAGCUGUGCGACUUCUUGUUUGUUAUGUCCUACGAUGAACCCCCAGAGAGAAGGACUGAACUUAUAGCUGGAGCAAAUGCGCCAUUCAACCAAACCAUAACGGGUUACGAGCAGUUUAUUAAAAUCGGCAUAGAUCCCAAGAAACUCGUGAUGGGCGUCCCCUGGUAUGGGUAUGACUAUGUCUGUCUCCAAUUGACAGAGGAUAAUCGGUGCAAAUUAAAGAAAAUACCAUUUCAAGGUGCCGAGCGCAGUAAUGUCGCGGCCAAUCAGGUAGGAUACAGUACAAUCAUGAAGCAGAUCAAUGACUCAUUGAGUGGCCGCCUAUGGGACGAUGUCCAGAAAGCUCCUUUUUACAAUUACAAGGACGCAAAAGGAAAUAUCCAUCAGGUUUGGUACGAUGAUCCGCAGAGUAUUUCUUUGAAGGUGGCCUACGUCAAGAUACUUGGUCUUAGAGGCGUUGGUAUGUGGCACGGAGAUGUACUGGAUUAUUCUGACGAUCCUAUAGCCCGGCAACAGACUGAAGACAUGUGGAAAGCCUUACUACCAUAAUGACUCUCUAUAAUGCAGUGUUUCCCAACCAGGGGAACUUUUGCCCGGACAUGUUGGGAGAUUCCGUAGUGUGAACCCAGCUUUACAGUUUAUGUGCUCUGCUACAGAUAAAAAGCUAAUCCUAAAUUAGAAAAAUCUGAUUACUAAGGCAAUCCGAAGAUGAGAACGGCAUGGACCAUCACCACGGUGCCAGGUGGCUUUUAGGUGUACAAUUGAAUCCCUUGAGACUGAGAUUAAUAAAGACAAAGUGUGAAAUUUAUCUAGAUGAUGUUGUAUUUGGUGUGUUGUCUUACAUUUUUAAAAUAAAACUGAAUACUGUGAU